UUCUGAGAACUAGCUAGCCUCCAGUGAUUGAAAUCAAUAAAAACAGUCGGCAUGGGGCCCAGUGGGGGAAGAGAGAAAUCUCUACUACAGCAUUCAGUUUGCUUUCCACUUUCUCCGUCUUCCUAAAGUUAAACUUUGAACACCGAGACAAACUACAUUUUCAGCACUCAGACGAUUUUGAGAGGGAUGGUGGGAAGAUAAUGUUUUAAUUUUCCUUCUGCUUUCUAUGCUCCUUCUGCUCUCUUACGGAGUUCACAAAAUGAAAGAGUUGUUUUUAAUUUGAAUCCUGCCUGGAAAAACUUCUAUGGACAAGUGCAUCAUCCUACACUUCAGAAAAGGGAUGAAUUUUACAGUGAAAGGAUGUUAAGUGGUGAAAGAGAAAAGAAAAAAUGGAAUCUUAUUCAGCAAAAAGUACAGUCACUGGCUAGAACGUCAACCACUGCUGUGAAAGCUUCUGAAACUGCAUUCAAAAGAGUAAGACCAUUGCAAUACACAGUCUAAAGCAGCUGAAACUUAUAAAAAUACAUGCUCAACGCAAAAGACAGGAUCACAAGGAAAACAGUGGAGAAAUGAGACAUCAGAGGUUUUGCUGAACUUAUUCUGAAAAAGGUUCCAAUACCAGCAAAAUGUUUCUGUCUGCGAUCAAGAAACCCAUUUGCUACAGCCUCAAACAACAGGGUCGUGCUUACCGGAGAAACAAGACAGCCCUUUUCAGUCUACUUCCUUUCUCUGAAAUGUUACUUACCAACUGUGUUUGGACCUUGAAGUACAAAGGAGUGUGCAACAUGAACUGAAGAAAAGCUGGUAACCAGAAGAGAAGAUAGAAAAGUUAAGAUCACUAUGUGGCACUGUGAAGCUUUCAAUGGUACCAAGAACAGCGAGAACCAGCAUCUCUGCCAUGACUUCCAUUUGGUUCUUUUCAUCUUUUCCCUACUCUACCUCAUCAUCUGUUUUCCAGUUGGCCUUUGUUACAAUGCCCUGCUUGUCCUAGUUAAUCUCUGUAACAAAGCAACUAUGACAAUGCCGGAUGUUUACUUUGUCAAUAUUGCAAUUGCUGGCCUCAUCAUCAGUGCAAUGUCACCAAUGUACCUUCUAGGACCUGCCAAUACAAAAUGGGUCAUCUGGAAUAUUAACAAUGAAGUUUAUAUUACAUUACUCAUUUUAUUCAAUGUUUCAUCUUUAGUUAUCAUGUACUCUACUACAUUGCUCAGCCUGGACUACUACAUUGAACGUGCUUUACCAAGAACUUAUAUGUCAAGCGUGUACAACACAAAACACGUCUGUGGGUUCAUCUGGGGAGGAGCUAUGCUUACAAGUUUUUCAUCUCUCUUAUUCUACGUCUGCAAUCAUGUAUCCACUAAAAUAAUUGAAUGUUCCAAGAUGCAAAACAAAGAAGCAGCAGAUGCCAUUAUGGUUUUUAUCGGGUAUGUCGUACCAGCUCUUGCUGUACUGUAUGCAUUUGUGUUAAUUUUGCGAAUACGUCAUGAGGCUACACCACUGGACCAAGACACUGGAAGAUUAGAUCCUUCAGUGCACAGGCUUUUGAUUGCUACAGUCUGUACACAGUUUACAUUAUGGACACCCUACUAUGUAACUCUUUUGGUAAACACAUUUAUUAAUGUGCAAGGAAAACUUACAGAUGAGAAUUACGUCCGAAUAUUACGUUUUAUGAAGGGUUUAUCAAAAUUGUUGGCUUUCUCAAGUAGUUUUGUAAUGCCUUUACUCUACCGAUAUAUUAACAAAAAUUUUCCCCACAAGUUACAACGGCUGCUUAAAAGAAUACACUGUGGAAAUCAAGGAUGUUCUCAUGAACGCACAGUAGUACAGCAAGUUAUGACGUAGGUAUGAAAGAAUCUCAUGGUGCUCUAUUACUGCAGUACUUUGUAUACUGUACUCAGUAUGUGACAAUAUUUUGUUGAUUCUUAAAGAUCAUUUAUAUGGGAGCACCUAGCAAGGAGGCUUGAAAAGAGCUUCCAUUAUAACUAAAUGAUUUACAGUUUAAACUUACAGAUAGUAAAAAUGGGUGCAAAAAAUCUCUUAAGCGUCUGUCUACAUGUUAUAAUACCUGUGUUUUCCAGUAUUUUCAAUGCACUGAGUCAGUUAAAAAGCAUAAGCUUUGUCUUCACAGUUCUAAUAAUCUUGUCUGAAGAAAUCACUUAGGGGUUAAAUGAAGCCUUGAUUGAAUACACAGCACUUUGUUAUCUUAUACAGGAAAAAGUAGUAUUUUACUCUCCAUAUAAAGGAAGACAAUUGUUUUAAUUUUAAAAGUAGAGAUAUUCUUGGUGGUGGUGAAGACCAGCAUCUUUUCAAUGAAGAUUAUCUCUGUUAAAGAUCAGACUGUUCAACUAUAUAAGUUUUAAUAGUGAAGUGUUAAUUAUGACUUACUUUAGUAUUUAAUUAAUUUGCUUCUUCUCCCUUCCCCAAAGAAGGGAAGAAGACCCUAAAAUGCAAUUCUAAGAAAGGAUAUUCUUAUGCAGACUUAGCUACAUUUUAAUAUCUUUGACAAAUCAAAUUUUCCUAGAUGUAACAAUUAACAAACAUACAUUUAAGUCUUCAUUGCUCUCUGUGUAUCAUAAAAACAUUUCAAUGAUUCAGAAAUAUUUAUUAACUAUUUUAAGGGAAUGAAGAGACAUUUGCUCUGCAUAUUAAAAUGAAGGAUACAAUGGUUCAUGAAGUUAGAGUGAAAGUAAAAUGUACAUGGUUGAAGAAUGUUUGGCUAAGUGUUAUGGUCCAUAAAAGUUCAUGUAACUAGAGUGAAUUAUUUUAAACAAAUAAAUAUGUUUCUAAUGAACAUUUUUCAUUUUUAAGGGAUAUGCUUGUGACAGUAAUAAACUGAAGUCUCUUUAAUCAUGGGACAUUGUUAAACCUGCAGGAGGGGGGAAGCUUUCAAUGUAGGUAUUGUUUCAAAAUGGGCAAGAACCUGGAGCCCUUUGUAAGGCUCAUAAAUUACUAUUUUCCUUGAACAGAACAAUGUGUUGCUUUCUUUAAAAUGUGUCAGACUAUGAGUAGUCUCUCUUAAGAUAGGUUUAGUUAUCACUAUCUUACUUUUUAAGUACCAAAAUUCAAGCACUUGAAGUGACAGGAAAUGUAAAAUGAUGCAGAAUAAAAAGAAAAAUUCUAUAGUUUCUAGUAUUAUUAAACAUACAUUUUUAGCUUCUAAAUUUAACUAGUUGAAAUUGCUUUGUUUACAUAAGCAAGAAUAAUUUGUAUUUUAUUUAAUAUAGAAUCAGACAAGUUAUACAUAAAAGAAAUAAGGAAUAUAAUCCAUAAUAGGAGUAAUAUUUAAAAUGGAUAUUUAUGAAUUCAAACCAGCACUAGUUAUUUGCUUAAUAUUUCCUGGAACUCCUUGCAGCGUGACUCCAGAAUGCACUGUAUCGAUUGAAUUUUUUAAAUUUACAAUAGUGAUGAAGAAAUUCAGUGCAGAUAGCCAAAUUUUACAGUUGAGAGAGUAUUUGAAAAACAGAGAUAAUGCAAACAGAAACAGUGGAACCUCAUUGAUCUACACAAACAGGGGAGUGCAAAUUAGAGAGGUUUUGGGGCUAGGAAACGUUCGAGGAAAGCAUCUGAUCCAAUAGUUAACUAUAAGUGCCCUCCCGUUGGGCACAGACAGCAGAGAAGCCAGAAGAUGAACUGGUACUCUUCUACUGCAUUGUGGGGAACAUGGCAUCAUCUACACUGGCCCUGUCUCAACACAGUAACUUCUAAACCAAUAGAAUUCUGCUAAAUUGCAAAAUUAAAAUUCCACAUUAGUGUGUAUUUACAAAAAGCAACAAAGAGUCUUGUGGCACCUUACAGACUAACAGACGUAUUGGAGCAUAAGCUUUCAUGGGUGAAUACCCACUUCAUCAGACGCAUGUAUAUUUACAGUUUACCAAGGUGUAGGUUAGCAGAUUCUGCUGCAGAAGAAAUAAGGAGAAAAAAUAACUUUUAAACCCUUUUAGUUAUUAAUAGUACCAUUUCACCAUACUCUCUGUCUCCCGUUUUUUGUCUGUUUCUGUACAGAUUACAAACUAUAUGAACCAGGAAGAGUGAGCUCACAAUCCAUUUACCACUUCUUUUCCCUCCUCCCCUUCAGUAUUAUUCCACUCAAUUCUCCACACACCUGUCUCUACUUCUCCUCUCUGGGUAGUAAUUUAUUCAACUCUCCCAUGAACAUGUUGAUUAUCCGCUACUGUUCUUUUUGGUAUCUUGUUCUAUAUUUUUAAUAAUUGCUUAUUUUAAUUACAACUUUACUCAAAAUAAUUUUACUCUUAAUUCUCUAUAUAUUAAACCACUUGAAGGAUUAUUCAACUCAAUCAUAUUGAUCCCUUUCAUAGGUUCGGUGUUGGUUAGCUCACAAAUAUCUCCCUCCUACCAGCUGAUGGAAAUGAGUCUGGCCUUUCUCUGUUAUUGUGUCUGAUUUACAUUUCACCUAAUGAGCCAAUACACCCCUUCAAACCAUAUGAGCAUUCAUGCUCUUCAUAUAUAUCAUGUGCCUUGAAUCUCACUAAAUAUAAUCUACUGUAAUAAACAGAAUACUGUAACAGUAAUCUCUCAAAUCUCUUUUCUGACCAGCAUAUCAGACAGCCGUUAAAUUUUUCACAUGUUCAGUAUCUUCCUUUAUGUUUUCCAGUAUUAUGGAGCCUCUCAGUGUCACAGCAUCAAAAAUCUUGCCUUUAUUUUAAAUGUAAAUAUUGAAAGAGUAGAGAGAUUUAAAAGUGAGCUCUGCACUACCUCAUUAGCAGCUUCUUUUUAGAUGGAAAGCGCCAAUUAAUAAGCAUUUAUCUCCUCCUCUAAAUAAUUUUUGCUGUGUUGCCAAAUCUCUUCAUGCUCCACUAUCUCAUCUUCUUGAAACUUAUUUCUGAAGUGGAACUCUCUCAAAUAAUUUCUCUGAAAACACUGGCAUAGGGACACAAAUGCAUCUUUUUUUUUGCCAUAGUAGCUGCAUCCUCUCACAGCUCAGACUUAAUUCAAUGCGAGAUGCUCUUUCCCAAGAGCUUGCUGGCUCUGUUCAAUCAAGUGCUACUUGUCCUAAAGAGUCCAGAUUAGUUGCUUGAGAAACUACUAACUUUCUUUGCAGCAUUUCUAAAGUCAUUAAACUUUAUUCCAUUAAUUUGCUGUAGAUCUCUUUUAAGCAACGGCACGGUAUUAUGGGCACAGAAAAAGAUGGAGGCAAGGGGAGAAGGUGUGUCAGGACACAAGAUUCUUGGCGGCUCUACUCCUGGGGUCCCAUCCCUGGUUGGAGUAGUUGUGGCAGGGGAGCCUCCCUUGCUUCCCAGAGACAGGAGAGGCAACAGACAUGCACACACCCCCUCUCAAAAGUAGUAAGGGUGGCAGCAGAUGUUCUCUCUCUCUCUUUUUUUUUUUUUUUUUAAACAGUGGGCACUAGUACUUAACCUAGCAUAUGAGAUGUUUCAGCUUGGGUGAGUAGGUGGAUGUGUACACCAGGUCCACUGCACUUUCUGCUUCUGGUGGUAGGUCUUCCCAGAACAGGUUUUGGAGUUAACAUCACAUUGAAAUGAACGGAGCACCUCGUACCUCUCAGAGCUGUUGUUUCAGGCAGUCUGCAGACUAAGAGAUACUUCACAGCACCAGUUGCACUCAGUUUGCGAGGGCCUAUAGUGCCUGUGCUUUAACCUGGCUCUGUAUGGGCAUUUUUAGAAAUCAUCCGUUUCCUUGUCUUCUCUGAGUACUUGUAACAAUUGCAGGAUAGCUUUCUUUAAUUCCCACCAACAAGUAAACAGAUAAUAAAACUUCUCUUAUACCCAUCUAGCAGAAUAAACUCUCCUCUUCUUAACAAAAGGAAAUCCAUUUCUUGAAGGGAAACAUUAAACCUAGCAUUUCUGUCCUGUAAAAGUUGUUACUAAAGUGCAGUCCAGCAUCCAGGGAAACUGAAUUUCUAGAAAGAAGGAAACUGGCUUUACCUGGUGUGACUAUAGAGUCAUGCCAGACUGACUGCCUCUUUAAAACACACCUCCAGAAUGUUAUACCUGUUUUAGAGAUUUAGCUGUAUUGUCAAUUUUAACUCUCACUAUUUGCUUUCCUUGCUCACAUUAGGGUGACCAGAUGUCCCAUUUUUAUAGGGACAGUCCCGUUUUUUGGGACUUCCUCUUAUAUAGGUGCCUAUUAUCGCCCACCUCCUGUCUCGUUUUUUCACAGUUGCUAUCCGGUCACCCUACACAUAAUCUUAUCAGUAAUUUUCACAAACAUGCAGCCUCUUCAUUUGCAAAGUAUAAAAUGCCACAUUAAUUUCUGUCCUUUUCCACUUACAUGAAAUUCCCUGCUUCACACUAUUGGUCUUUUAUAACCUCUCUUCAGAUUAUAAUGUCUUGUCACUUUUAAUGUACUAGAAAAUUUUAUUUUCAUGUUUCAUUUUGCUCUUCUACUCUUUCACGUGGGGCCUCACAUUUUUUCCGUGGUACCAUUCACUGUGUUUUAGCUUCACUAGCUUCUAUUUUGUUGUAUUUUUUAUGACAUUUCAGUUUUAUUGGAAUGAUUUGUCAUUUUAAUUCAGUGCUGUCCAGUACAAUGGAAGAUGUUGUUUUUAUGGGGGGGGGGAGAUCUAAUCGGUUUUCUUCAACAUACUCUACAAAUCUGAAGACUGUUUUAAAGUCCUAGUUUGUGUAUGUGUGCGCCUGAAGUUAAGUAUUUUUGCACAUAUCCUCAGAAAUAUUUUAAAUAUGAGGAGAUCAUCAAUUGAUUCCCCUCCCCCCACCCCUCAUUUUUGUUUCUGGAUUAGACUGGGUUGUUAUUUUCAAUAGUGAGCAUGAUCUUUUGGCUGCUCAAUAGACACUGUGACAUGCAACUGUAUUUGCAUGCAGCCUCCUUGAAUAUUAGAUCAGUAGUGAUUUUUAAAAAAUAAACAUUGAAGUAAACAUCCAAAUGAACAACAACUUUGUAGUGGUUAUACACAUAUAAAAAUAUAUGAGCACGUACAUUAGAAACUGUCCUUGAGGGAAAAUUAAAUGUGGGAUAGUGAAAAUAUAAGGAGUUUUAUGAACAAAUCCUUGAUAUGACAAAGUUCUCAAAACAUAGCAAACACCAGUAAAUCAAAAGUGGGGCCUUUCCAUUUCAAUGCCUGAAGGUUUCUGAUUGCUUUGUAAAUAUGAGCCGAUCUGUUUUGCAUUUGAAUUAAUAUUGGUAAAGUACUGUAUAUAUGCAGAUAAAAGUAGCCUGCUGAUGUAAAAAAAUUUGCAAAGAAUUUAUUAAAUUAUUUAAAAAAAAAGAUACGUCUAUCACCAUUUAAAUGUAAACCUCUUUCAAUGAUUAAAGUGUACUGUAUAAAUUUCUAUUUGCAUACGCUGUACAUUAGAAAGUCAGCACAAGAAAAAGUGCCAUUAUUAACAGUAUUAUUUUCUCCCAGAGUUUAGUAUUUUUGAGUUGAUUUAUGGUUUGUAGCCUCUCUGCUUUCAGAAGAGCCAAUUAUGUCAAAUCAAUAAACUAACAAAACUGUUCACCUCUU